UUGCACUGCAGCAGAAGCACAGAGUCUCGAGUGUCUGCAGCAGCUAUUUUGCAGCAAUUCAGGGCGGAAUUGUCGAGGAUUCACACAGCAGAGCAUCGGCAGCUCUGUAUCUGAACUAGUUGACAAAAAAGAGACGAGCAGAGCAGACAAAAAGACUCGCAAAUGGCCUCUGUGCCGUCGUUGCCGCAGCAACCACCACCACCUCCUCCUCCUCCUCCUCCUGCGCAGGCUCAACAACAACCUGAAGCAGCAAACAACUCCUCCUCCCUUCCCCCUCCUUCCUCGACCGCUCCGUCGGCAUCUGCGUCGGCGUCCCCGCCGCCGACUUCAAUCGCGACCCUCGCCCAGCUACGCACAGGAUGCAUGGUCUGGGUGCACAAAGACGGCGAGCUGCGGCAGGCUGAGCUGCUGAGCAUCAUGCCCCGCAAGGGCCUGCUCACGUUCUACCUGCACUACCGGGACUUCAACAAGCGACUCGACGAAUGGGUCCCUGCCGACCGCCUCGAUCUGUCGAAGCCGGUGGAGUGGCCGAAGCCCGAGAAGCCGAAAAAACCACCGGGCCACGCGUCAAAGGACUCGCCGCUCGUGCGCGAACGCAAGAAUAACAAGCGCGCGAGACCGCCGUCGAAAGCGCAGCGGGCGAAAGCGCGCGCGUCGGGUAAGGAGAAUGUGGAUUCGUCUGCUGCGCCAUCGGUAGAGACGACACCCGCGCCGACGGACGAGCCGGAGGAGCAUGAGCAUGAGCAUGAUCAUGAUCAUGAUCACGAUCUCAUGGAUCUCGAUCAGACCGCGCCGGAGACGACGACGGAGGGCCAGUUGCCUGAGAAUUACUCGCGCGAGGAGGAGAUCAAGAAGUUGCGGACGUCGGGCUCGAUGACGCAGAACUUGCAGGAAGUCGCGCGCGUGCGGAAUUUCAUGAAGAUCCAGAUCGGAAAGCAGGAGAUUGAGCCGUGGUAUUUCAGUCCGUACCCCAUCGAGCUGACGGAGGAAGAGUGUCUUUAUAUCUGCGAGUUUUGUCUCUCGUACUAUGGCUCGAUCAAGCAGUUCCAGCGGCACCGCGUCAAGUGCACGUUGCAGCAUCCGCCCGGGAACGAAAUCUACCGGGACGAGAACGUGUCUUUUUUCGAGAUCGACGGGCGCAGACAGCAUACCUGGUGCCGCAACCUCUGUCUGCUAUCGAAACUGUUUCUCGACCAUAAAACACUCUACUACGACGUCGACCCGUUCCUCUUCUACUGCAUGACCGUCCGCGACGAACUCGGCCACCAUCUCAUCGGCUACUUCUCCAAGGAAAAAGAAUCCGCAGACCAAUACAACGUCGCCUGCAUCCUCACCUUGCCGCAAUACCAACGCCACGGCUACGGCCGUCUUCUCAUCGCCUUCUCCUACGAACUCUCAAAGAAAGAAGGCAAACUGGGAUCUCCCGAAAAACCCUUAUCCGACCUCGGCCUGCUCUCGUAUCGCGCGUACUGGUCAGACACGCUCACCGAGCUCCUCGUCGACGCACUCCCGGAGACGCGCGAAAUCACGAUCGACGAAAUCGCGUCGCGCACGUCGAUGACGACGCAGGAUAUCCUGCACACCCUGCAGACGCUCAACAUGCUCAGAUAUUACAAAGGCCAGCACAUCAUCUGUCUCACGACCUCGGUCGUCGAGCAUCGCGAGGCAAUGUCGAAAAAACGAAGACGCAGGAUCGAUCCGGAGAAGCUGUUGUGGAAGCCACCGGUGUUUACGCCCGCGCAACUCAGAUUUGCCUGGUGAUUUAUCUAUCUGACUUGGAAGCUGGGGGAUGAAAAGCAAAUUACGUUCAUUUUUGUUGUUUAUGGUGUUUAUAGGUGCAUUGUUUUUGGGCUUGUAUUAAUGUAUAAAAUCACAUCUAUGAUUCAUAGACAUCUAUCGUAGAUUAAGUCUCUUCCUACUAGCUCUCACGCUCUUCUCCUUCCUCUUCUCCUUCGACU